GACAUUUGAUGCAGGUUUAUUUUUCCUUUGCAGUAACAGUGAGAACAUGGAGCUGCCACUUUUGAUGUUUAUUGUGUAUCUGCUAUGGUUGAAAGAUUGUCACUGUGCACCUACUUGGAAGGACAAAAGUGCCAUGGGUGGAAACCUGAAGGGUUUUUCUGAGGCUGAAGAGAUAGAUGGAGAUGGAGAGGUGAAGAAGGCUUUGAUUGGCAUUAAACAGAUGAAAAUCAUGAUGGAGAGGAGAGGGGAAGAACAUACCAAACUAGUGAAAACCUUGAAGAAGUGCAAAGAAGAAAAGCAGGAGGCCCUGAAACUUAUGAAUGAAGUUCAAGAACAUCUGAAGAAGGAAGAAAGCUUAUGCCAGGUGUUUCUGGCAGAUUCCUGGGAUGAAUGCAGGGCUUGCCUGGAAAGUAACUGCAUGAGGUUUUAUGGCACCUGCCAACCUGCUUGGUCCUCUGUGAAAAAUACGGUGGAACAGUUCUUUAGGAAGAUCUAUCAGUUUUUAUUUCCUCUCCAGGAAAAUGGUGGAAGUUAUGUCCCUGUCAGCCAGGGGCUCACUGAGGAAGACACACAGGUGUCACACAUGGAGCAUGUGUUCAGCCAGCUGACUGAGGAUGUGACAGCUCUCUUCAACAGGAGCGUCUACAUCUUCAGACAGAUGCAGCGAGAAUUUGACCAGGGUUUUCAGUCAUAUUUCAUGUCUGAUGCUGACGUACCAGAGCCUUACUUUUUCCCAGCUUUGUUGGAAGAGCCAGCCAAAAAAGCAGAUGUUGGGCAAAGCUGGGCCAUUCCCAACGUCUUCCAGCUGCUCCAAAACUUCAGUCUCUCCAUUUAUGAUAGUAUCCGUGAAAAAAUCACCAAGACACUGUGUGCAACAGAGGAUUUACUGAAACAAGACAAAGACUCCAACCAGGGAGGCCCAAUUUCAAAGAUAUUACCUGAGCAGAACAGAGGCUUGUGUGGGGACCUUGGUCAGAAUUUGUCUGGAUGCUUCAAUUUUAGCAAAAGAUGCCAAAAAUGCCAGGAUUAUCUAUCUGAAGACUGUCCUGCUGUGCCAGAACUACACAUAGAACUCAAUGAAGCCCUUAGACUGGUCAAUAUAUCCAAUCAGCAGUACGACCAGAUCAUGCAGAUGACCCAGUAUCACUUGGAAGGCACCACGUAUCUAAUGGAGAAGAUGCGAGAGCAGUUCGGCUGGGUUUCUGAACUGGCAAACCAGUCCUCAGGAGCUGAGAAUGUCUUUAAUCCAAUAAAAGUAGCUCCAAGUGUUCAUGAAGGAAAUUCUUCCAACCAAGAUGCAAGCCGUCUGCCUGCCCCUCAUUUCACACUCAGGAGUCCUCUUGACCAGGGUGCUGACGACUCUAACUUCACUGAUUACAUGGCAGAGAAGGCUCUUCAGUACUUUAGGGAACACUUUAAAACUUUGUAA